CUAACGUUUUAAAACUAAGUAAUAAAUUUUCAGACUGCAAGUCCUAAGGAAGAAUCUCUGCACAUAGCUUUUGAAGAAGCAAAUCAGAGCCAGAUAGUGGAAAUUGAUCCAAUUUUUCUGCAACAACUGCAGAUGAACGGUAUACUAAUGCAAGAUAAUAUCAACGAAGAAUUAGCCUCCCUCAUACAAGUAGACGUGAACAAUUGCGAAAUUGCGAAUGGUGAAACGAUCGUCGACAAUGCGGGCGAACUUCAAAAACGUAACGUGGUAAAAGAUUACAGUUGCGAACUUUGUGACAAACGCUAUGUCACCAAAGCGACGUUGACUAAACAUCAGAAGAAAGUGCAUGCAACCAAUAAUCAGUUUAAAUGUACAAAAUGUGAUGACAAACUUGCCUCCAAAGAGGAAUUGGACACUCAUCUAAAAUUACACUCAGGCUAUCGACCCUUUUGUUGCCUAUUGUGCGCAAAUACGUUUAGAGAAGAAAAAAAUCUGAAAACUCAUAUGAGACGAAUUCAUGGUGUAUAGGGAAAAAUUGUGAAAAACUACUGCAGGGUGUUCAAAUGAAAUGGUGCUCUAAUUAAAUAUUUGUUUUUAUAUUAGUAUCUAAGUGUGCAUUUAUAUGGUUGAUGUAUAAUGUUUACAGCGUUUCAGAUCGAAAGUCUACCAUUUGUCCUGCUUGCUUACAGUGGAAAAUCGGUCUUAUUUAUUUCAAGUGUAUAAAUUGAAACGUGAUGCUAAAAUAUAGAUUGUCUCUCCGACGUUGAGUGAGUGCAGAGCAUUUCUUUGACAUUUUUCGUAAAUUUAGUACAUGUAAACAGGAUGUGCAGACAUGUGAUGGUUAAAGUUGAGGAGAAUAUAAUGAAACAUUUUAUUGCUAUUA